AUGGUUGCACUCCUAAAAGCUUUUGGAGAGGAGUUGGAUGAUGGAGAGGGUUGGAUGACGGAAGGAUGGAGAGGGUUGGAGGAUGGAAGGAUGGAGAGAAAUACAGCCAUGGACGGAUUCAAAUUCAUUUCUAAAGAUCAACUUGAAGAUGCAAACCUUGUGUGUGGAAUAUCUCGGGUAGAAAGUAUGCUUCAGGAAGAAGACACUGAAGGAUUGAAGAGUGCGAGAGGAUUAUUGAUGGAGAUUUAUGGGAAAAUAGAAAAUCUAAACUUUGAUUUAGAGAGAACCUGGCACGCGGAGCUUCUAAAGACUGUGAUACAUUUAUACCAAGGGAUAAUAUCAAUGCAUCUCGGAGAACUUCCUAAUACAGAGAAUGAACUCAAGGAUUGA